CUCAUCACUGUGCCCCAAGAUAUCGACCGAUUUAUUUCUUAUAUUUGUUCCAGCUAGAAGAUUUAAUGUGAAUGAAAAACUAAAAGUACAAACAUGCAAAGUUUAGAGAAGGCCCAUGAGCCAAAGGAUUUAGACAUGUCCAUGGCGGGGCGUGGAGUAUGGUUGGUAAAGGUGCCAAAAUAUGUGUCUGACCGAUGGAAGAAGGCUUCAGGUAAUGAUGACGUGGGGAAACUCAAGAUUAACAAGACUGGACUUCCUGGCAGCAAACCUGAGGUCAUCUUCACCUUGAAGGAGGAAUUAGCCCAGCUGCAGUCCGAUGUGUCAGAGAGCAGUCCUAAAGACCACAAAUUCAUCCUCACCUCUAUGGCCUCCCAAAACCUGGUGGUGCUCUCAGAAACUCCUACAACACCCACACCAAGUGGGGUCGAGCCUAUAUAUGACAGAGUAUCUUUAGAAGGUAAAGUGAUUCAAAGAGCAGAGUGCAGACCUAUAGCCAGCGAAAAAUAUAUGCAGCUUAAAAGAGCUCAGCUUAUCUCGUCAAAUCGUCCCACACGACAAGUACAGCAGUUAGAGAGAGCUGUACAAAACUACAAACCAGUGGCAGUUCACGCGUUUGCUAAAGAAUUUGAGAAAAAGAAGAAAGAGCAGGGAAAGAUUGCCAGGUUAGAGGCUGACCAAGUGAAGGAGAUGCUAUUUGCUGCCUUUGAAAAACAUCAGUAUUACAAUAUCAAAGACCUCCGAGCAAAGACACAGCAGCCCAUGGCUCACUUGAAGGCAAUCUUGGAGGAGAUUUGCGUGUACAAUAUGAAGGCACCCCACAGGAACAUGUGGGAGCUGAAGCCAGAGUAUCGCCAUUACAAGCAGCCCGAGAAUGAAGGCAGCGACUGACCUGUGUGGCAGAUGAGCAGUGUGUUCUGGAAAAGUGGCUAAUGGAAGACCACAAACGUUUUUUGUUUAUGGUCAUACACUGAAGGACUCAAGAACUCGGGUUGGAGUUAAAUGGAAAUAAUUUGGCUCCAUUUAUGGUUCUCUUUGACCUUUAGCAAGACCCCUGAUACCAGAGGUCAUCAAAUUUCAACUGUGUUUAGAAAUACAACUUUUGUUGAACGUCAAGUUUAUCAUUCUCUCAAGGACCAAACGUCAAGGUUUUGUAACAAGGCAUCUAGAAUAACAUAACAAGAUAUAUGGAUAACUACUUCUGUUUAUUUUUGAAACGUUUCGGUAUAGAUUCUAAUAUCGUUUUCAGUCAUUAGUAUCUAUAGUAUUAGUAUCUGUACUAAAACGUCACUUCCAAAUAAACAGAAGUUAUUGUUCAUAUAUCUCAUUAUGUUAUACAAUUCAACUUCUUAGUGCCUCUUGAAGAUGCAUCUGGAGUAACUGAGAAGUGCAAGGUUUUGUAACAAGGCAUCUGGAAUAACUGGGAAGUGCAAGGUUUUGUAACAAGGCAUCUAGAAUAAUUGGCAAGUGCAAGGUUUUGUAACAAGGCAUCUAGAAUAACUGGGAAGUGCAAGGUUUUGUAACAAGGCAUCUGGAAUAACUGGGAAGUGCAAGGUUUUGUAACAAGGCAUCGAGAAUAACUGGGAAGUGAAAUAGUCCUGGCAUUUUAUGAAAUCUUGAUAUUUAUUAAUUACUGCAGGCAGUUAGUAUUGUAACUUUUGUGUUCAAAAUAUGUCACAUGAUGUAUUGAAGUGCUAAAGACCACUUUUUUUAGCAAACCUUAAAAUUGAAACAUGGCUCAGUUCAGCUGGUGCAUGUAUGCAUUGUAACGCGUACUAGACGGAAGCAGUAACCAUCAACUUGAAAUUCUAAAAUUAUGUUGUUGAGGGGUGCAAAUGUACACGACUGUUCUGCACAUGUUGUAAGAGAUAGCGACCAAACAAGUCAAGUUGCAGACCUAAGUAGUGUUGGUAAUGGUUGGCCUGAGCUAUACUGGUACAGUUCUCCGUUUGGGAGAAGGUAUGGUACAUGAUGUAUCCACAUUACUUUUCUUCUCAUUAGGCUGGGGCACUCAAAAUGCAGUACAUUUACCUGGCAUAAUGUACUUGCAGCCUUUCUGUUGAAAUACUGCUAAAUGUGCUAGCAAGGUUAAUCCUUAAGAGGUUUUUAUUCCAUGGUUGUAUGCUAAGUCAACAUUUGUGUGUUUGCUAAUUUUUCGAAAACAAAUUUAACCAGUUUGAUGUAGGAUGAUUAGGAGUUUUUGUCCCUCCCAACAACAUGGCAGCAUGUGCCAGUGGUAAAUGUUCCUAAAUGAACACUACAUUUAACUUUUCAAACCUUGCAGGGGUAUACACCUACAUCCAGAAAAAUGGAUUUCAAGCUACUCCGAUUUGCUAAAGGCAUUUCUUUCAGCAGAGCUGAAUUUAGUGGAUCAUGUUCAUCUGUAAGACAUUCCAGCAGUAAAUCUGUAAAUAAACUUUGA